UGGAGCUGACGUCAGGCGCUGUCCCUGGUGCUGAAGCAAGAUGGCCGCCCGCUAAGGCGAGCGGGGCGGGAGCGGUGGCGGCCGGCGCACACCACCACCCCCCUCCCCUCCCCGGCCGAGACGAUGUCGCUGCUCUGUGUCCGAGUUAAAAAGGCCAAGUUUGACGGGCCCCAAGAGAAGUUUAACACCUACGUGACACUGAAGGUGCAAAAUGUCAAGAGCACAACCAUCGCAGUGCGGGGCAACCUGCCCUCCUGGGAGCAGGACUUCAUGUUUGAGAUCAACCGGCUCGACCUGGGCCUGACGGUAGAGGUGUGGAACAAGGGGCUGAUCUGGGACACCAUGGUGGGGACAGUGUGGAUCCCUCUCCGAACCAUCCGGCAGUCCAACGAGGAGGGCCCUGGGGAAUGGCUCACACUUGACUCCCAGGUCAUCAUGACCAACAAUGAGAUUUCAGGCACCAAGGAUCCCACUUUCCACCGUAUCCUCCUUGACACCCGCUUCGAGCUGCCGUUGGAUAUCCCUGAGGAGGAGGCCAGAUAUUGGGCCAAGAAGCUGGAGCAGCUCAAUGCCAUGCGGGACCAGGAUGAUUAUGCCUUUCAGGAGGAGCAGGAAAAGCCUCUGCCUGUUCACAGCUCCCAGUGCUGCAACUGGAAUUAUUUUGGCUGGGGAGAACAGCAGAAUGAUGACCCUGACAGCACGGUGGAUGACCGGGACAGCGAUUACCGCAGUGAGACCAGCAACAGCAUCCCACCACCAUACUACACCACCUCGCAGCCCAAUGCCUCCGUCCACCAGUACCCCAUGAGGCACCAGCAGCAGAGCUCCCACGACUCCUACACUGACUCCAUGCAGAGCUACAAGAUGGAUUACUCAGACGAGCGUCCCAUCAGCCCCACAGGGAGCAGCCACUAUGCUUCGUCGGCAGAGCUGAGCCAAGGUAGCUCCCAGCUGAGCGAGGACUUCGAGAACGAGAGCCUGCGAGACUCAGAGCUGGAUGAGCGGGAUGGCGACUCCUACCACUCCUGCCAUAGCUCUGUCAGCUACCGCAAGGACUCGCCCCACUGGGAGGAGGAGGAUGACGACCUCUAUCUGGAAGAAGAAGAGGAGGAGGAUGAGUUCAAUGAGGACUACAGUGAGAAUGAGGAAGGCUACCCCAAGGAGGAAGAGGAGGAGGACCUGCAGGAGCAGGACACCUAUGAAGCCCUUGAGCAUGAUGCCUACCCUCUGUCGCAGAAACUCCCUAGGCAGCAGCAGCAACAGCUCCCACAGCAGCAGCAGCAACCCCAGCAGGUCCCACAGCUGAAGCCACAGCAGCAGGAGAGGAAGGAGGAGAAGAAAGAGGAGAGGAAAGAGGAGAGGAAGGAGGAGAAGGACACCUCUGCCCCCCAAGAAACCCCAGAGGCUCUCCAAGCCCAGCGGGGAGCAGAUGAAGCUCCCUUGCCAGAGGCAGGCCCUGAACCUGAGUCCUUGAAACCAGCUGAGAGGGAGCAGGCGGAGGCGGAGGUGCAGGACCCCAAAGCACGAGCCAAAGCCAACUGGCUGAGAGCCUUCAACAAGGUCUGCAUGCAGCUGCAGGAGGCCCGCGGGGAAGGCGAUGGAGAAGCUAAAUCCCUCUGGUUCAAAGGCGGGCCUGGUGGUGGGCUGAUCAUUAUAGACAGCAUGCCAGACAUACGCAAGCGAAAACCCAUCCCCUUAGUUAGCGAUUUGUCCCUGGUCCAGUCCAGGAAAGCAGGAAUCACGUCUGCGCUGGCCUCAAGCACCUUGAACAAUGAGGAGCUGAAAAAUCAUGUUUACAAGAAGACCUUGCAAGCCUUAGUGUAUCCCAUCUCCUGCACGACGCCCCACAACUUUGAGGUGUGGACGGCUACCACCCCCACCUACUGCUACGAGUGCGAGGGGCUACUCUGGGGCAUUGCCCGGCAGGGCAUGCGCUGUGCCGAGUGUGGGGUCAAGUGCCAUGAGAAGUGCCAGGACCUGCUCAAUGCUGACUGCCUGCAGAGGGCAGCAGAGAAAAGCUCCAAGCAUGGAGCGGAGGACCGGACCCAGAAUAUCAUCAUGGUGCUCAAAGACCGCAUGAAGAUCCGAGAACGCAACAAACCAGAGAUAUUUGAGCUGAUCCAGGAGGUGUUUGGGGUCACCAAGACCACGCACACACAGCAGAUGAAAGCAGUGAAGCAAAGUGUCCUGGAUGGUACCUCCAAAUGGUCAGCCAAGAUCAGCAUCACGGUUGUUUGUGCCCAGGGCCUGCAAGCAAAGGAUAAGACGGGUUCCAGUGACCCAUAUGUCACCGUCCAGGUUGGAAAGACCAAAAAACGGACUAAAACUAUCUACGGCAAUCUAAACCCAGUCUGGGAGGAGAACUUCCAUUUCGAGUGCCAUAACUCCUCUGACCGCAUCAAGGUCCGUGUCUGGGAUGAGGAUGACGACAUCAAGUCCCGUGUCAAGCAGCGCUUCAAGAGAGAGUCUGAUGACUUCCUGGGCCAGACGAUCAUUGAAGUCAGGACCCUAAGUGGGGAGAUGGACGUCUGGUACAACCUCGACAAGCGGACAGACAAAUCAGCUGUGUCAGGAGCCAUCCGGCUGCACAUCAGUGUGGAGAUCAAAGGCGAGGAGAAGGUGGCUCCCUAUCACAUACAGUACACCUGCCUGCACGAGAACCUAUUCCACUUUGUGACGGAUUUACAAAACAACGGGGUGGUGAAGAUCCCUGACGCCAAGGGGGAUGAUGCCUGGAAAGUCUACUUUGAUGAGACCGCACAGGAGAUCGUAGAUGAGUUUGCCAUGCGCUAUGGGGUGGAGUCCAUUUACCAGGCCAUGACGCAUUUUGCUUGCCUUUCCUCUAAAUACAUGUGCCCGGGGGUGCCAGCGGUGAUGAGCACCCUGCUAGCCAACAUCAAUGCCUACUAUGCCCACACCACGGCUUCCACCAAUGUCUCAGCCUCUGACCGCUUUGCCGCUUCCAAUUUCGGGAAGGAGCGGUUUGUCAAACUCCUUGACCAGCUGCACAACUCACUGAGGAUUGACCUUUCCAUGUACAGGAACAACUUUCCUGCCAGUAGUCCAGAACGGCUGCAGGAUCUCAAGUCCACAGUGGAUUUGCUGACCAGCAUCACCUUCUUUCGGAUGAAGGUCCAGGAGCUGCAGAGCCCCCCACGAGCCAGCCAGGUGGUGAAGGACUGCGUGAAAGCCUGCCUCAACUCCACCUAUGAGUACAUCUUCAACAACUGUCAUGAGCUGUACAGCCGCGAGUACCAGACAGACCCGACUAAGAAAGGAGAGGUGCCCCCCGAGGAGCAGGGCCCCAGCAUCAAAAAUCUGGACUUCUGGUCCAAGCUCAUCACCCUGAUAGUCUCCAUUAUCGAGGAGGACAAGAACUCCUACACGCCCUGCCUGAACCAGUUCCCCCAGGAACUAAACGUGGGGAAGAUCAGCGCUGAGGUGAUGUGGAACCUCUUUGCUCAGGACAUGAAGUAUGCGAUGGAGGAGCACGACAAGCAUCGCCUGUGCAAGAGCGCAGACUACAUGAACCUGCAUUUCAAGGUGAAGUGGCUGUACAACGAGUACGUCACUGAGCUGCCCUCCUUCAAGAGCCGUGUGCCUGAGUACCCCACCUGGUUCGAGCCCUUCGUUAUCCAGUGGCUGGAUGAGAAUGAAGAGGUGUCACGGGAUUUCCUGCAUGGAGCGCUGGAGAGGGACAAGAAGGAUGGGUUUCAGCAGACGUCAGAGCACGCACUCUUCUCUUGCUCCGUGGUGGAUGUCUUCUCCCAGCUCAACCAGAGCUUUGAGAUCAUCAAGAAGCUCGAAUGCCCUGACCCCCAGAUUGUUGGGCACUACAUGCGAAGGUUUGCCAAGACCAUCAGCAAUGUGCUACUCCAGUAUGCUGAGAUCAUCUCCAAGGAUUUUGCCUCGUACUGCUCCAAGGAGAAAGAGAAAGUGCCCUGCAUCCUGAUGAACAACAUUCAGCAGCUCCGCGUCCAGCUUGAGAAGAUGUUUGAAGCCAUGGGUGGGAAGGAGUUGGACACAGAAGCCAGUGACAUCCUCAAGGAACUGCAGGUGAAACUCAACAACGUCCUGGAUGAUCUGAGCAGAGUCUUUGCCACCAGUUUCCAGCCACACAUUGAAGAGUGCGUGAAGCAGAUGGGCGACAUCCUGGGCCAGGUGAAGGGCACCGGCAAUGUCCCUGCCAGCACAUGCAGCAGUGUCGCACAGGAUGCUGACAAUGUCCUGCAGCCCAUCAUGGACCUUCUGGACAGCAACCUGACGCUCUUUGCCAAGAUCUGUGAGAAGACGGUGCUUAAGCGGGUGCUGAAGGAGCUCUGGAAGCUAGUGAUGAACACGAUGGAGAAGACCAUCGUCCUGCCCCCGCUUACUGACCAGACGGGCACGCUCUUGAGAAAACAUGGCAAAGGGACAGAAAAGAGCAGGGUGAAGCUGCCCAGUCACACUGAAGGCACACAGAUGAUUUUCAACGCAGCCAAGGAGCUGGGGCAGCUCUCCAAGUUGAAGGACCACAUGGUGCGGGAGGAAGCCAAGAGCUUGACCCCAAAGCAAUGUGCAGUGGUGGAGCUGGCGCUGGACACCAUCAAGCAAUACUUCCAUGCUGGUGGUGUGGGGCUGAAGAAGACAUUCCUGGAGAAGAGCCCCGACUUGCAGUCGCUGCGCUACGCCUUGUCCCUCUACACCCAGGCCACUGAUCUCCUCAUCAAAACCUUUGUGCAGACCCAGGCUUCGCAGGGCUCUGGUGUGGAUGACCCUGUUGGUGAGGUGUCCAUCCACGUGGAGCUCUUCACCCAUCCUGGCACUGGUGAACACAAGGUCACUGUUAAAGUGGUGGCUGCGAAUGAUCUCAAGUGGCAGACAUCGGGCAUCUUCCGGCCCUUCAUCGAGGUCAACAUCAUUGGGCCCCAUCUCAGUGACAGGAAGAGGAAAUUCGCCACCAAAUCCAAGAACAACAGUUGGGCCCCCAAGUACAAUGAGAGCUUUCAGUUCACACUGGGAACGGAGACAGGCCCUGAAUGCUACGAGCUGCAGGUGUGUGUGAAGGAUUACUGCUUUGCCCGGGAGGACAGGACAGUGGGCAUUGCUGUCCUGCAGCUCCGCGAUAUCCUGCAGCGACCUGGUUGUGCCUGCUGGCUACCCCUGGGCCGCCGCAUCCACAUGGAUGACACUGGCCUCACUGUUCUCCGCAUCCUCUCCCAACGCAACAAUGACGAAGUGGCCAAGGAGUUUGUGAAGCUCAAGUCGGACACACGCUCAGCCGAGGAGGGCAGCAGUUAAAGCCCUUCUGCCUCCCAUCCCCCUCCCCCCAUUCCUGGCCGCUUUUCUACAGCCUCCUCCAGCCAUGUAUAAGCCAUAAGAGAGGCCACAAGAGGAAUUUCCUUCCCAGCUCUGGGUGGGUGAGGGGGAUGUGGCUGUGUGACAGGCACACUCAGCCCUCCCUUGUCCACACUGGCUGGUGACAGUGGUGCAGAGCAUGGCCAUGCCCCUGCCCAACUCUGAUGGGAAGGUGCUGGGACUGGUAGGGCUGCAAGAAAGGGCUGAACCCCUGACUGGGCAAUGAGACAGAUCUGCACCUUCCCAGCCUGUCUGAGUGGGAGGAACCCAAACGGCCCACCCGCACCCUGCCCUGUGCUACCCAGCCUCAAACCUCAUUGAGUGACAGAGGGAAAGGGCUGUCUCAUCCUGCCCAGGGAUGUUAGUGAGUGGCUGGCAUAGCAUGAUGGCCCCUUGUCAUAGCAUGAUGGCCCUAAGGCAUCACCAGUUGCCCAGAGGGGCAGGGAGGCUCCCACCUGCUGGGCACCCUGUACAUAUGUAAAUAGGUGUACAUAGACGGGGCAGCCAGACGCCAAGGCCGUGUCCUGCACCCGGAAGGGCUAUUGGGUCUGUUGGGUCGGUUCCCCUCCCUGGCUGGCAGUGGCAUCACCGGGGCCGGGAGUGGCAGGGAGUAGCCCCCGGCCCAUAUCCUGUCUUCCCUGCCUUUCUGCCACUGUAGGCUGUCCCACUGCCAUCCCCAGGGUGCCAGGCCUUGGUGGCAAGGGCUGAGGCACUGGAACAGAUGGACCUGUCUCCCUUUGCUCUGGCCAGUGGUGACAGCCACCCCUGUGCAGUACAGCAGUGUCCAUGGGACCUCCUUGGCGCAAGACCUCUCCGCCCCCCCUGCCCAGAGGAUUCCCUCCGUCCAGUUUCCCAUUAACCACCAUUUCUGUGUUAUCAGUGGUGUGCGUGUCUUGUGCGAGUGCCCAGAAGGCCAGGGUGUGUAGUGUCAGGGAUGGCCACCCCAGCUGGCCAGCUUGCCAUAAGUACUGGGAAAGACAGAGGCCUGAUGACCCCACAAGUCAAUAUACCUCUCUCAGCCCCCUCCCCAUCCCCAAACAGGGUACUCCAACUGGCCCCCAUGCUCCUUUUUCUAUAGGGUUUGCCUGGGACCAAAGGGUUGAGCUUUCCUCUCUUGUUUCUGUUCAAUGUUUACACCCCUUUUCUAACCACUGCUCCCACAUGGCCAAGCUGGGGCUCAGCCCAGCAUCCCUUGAUGUGGUGCCCCUGGCCCUGUGCCCUGUCCCCAGACUAUCCUGUUUGGCAUGUGAUUGAACCGACCAAUUCUGCUCCUGUAGCACACGUGUCACUGAUGCCUGUGUGUCUGUACCACCCUGUGCGGCACCGCUGCCGGCGGCUACCAUGGAUGCAUGACAGUGAGAUGUUUUGCACUAUUUUGAAAUUUUUGGGCUCUGUAAAAGUAUUUUAUUAUAACUGACAUUAAAAAGAACACCCUUCACUGUGGCUGCUGUGGAGUGCAGGAGGACAGGUGCCCAGGGGUUCUUCAUCCCCUUACACUUUUAGGGUUAACAUCAAGAAUAAAUAGCCCAGGGCUUCAGCAGCUCUGUCCACACUUGGUCUCCAUGAGGGCUCUUCAUCAUAGAAUCACAGAAUGGCAGAGGUUGACAGGGCCCUCUGGAUUUCAUCCAGUCCAACCACCUGGCUAAAGCAGGUUCAUCUUGAGCAGGUUGCACAGGAAUGCAUUCAGGUGGGUUUUCAAUAUCUCAAGAGAAGGAGACUUCAAACCCUCUCUGCCUAUUCCAGCACUCCAUCACCCUCAAAGCAAAGAAGCUUUUCCUCAUAUUCAGAUGGAAUAUUCAGGUGUAUUCCAGUUUGUGCUCAUUGCCCCUAGUCCUGUCACUGGGCAUCAAUGAAAAGAAUCUGGGCCAUCUCCUUGACACCUGCCCUUUAGAUAUUCAUAGAUGUUGAUGAGAUCUUCUCUCAGUCUCUUCUCCAGGCUAAACACAGGUCCCUUGGCCUUUUCUUAUAAGAGAGAUGCUCCACUUCUCAUAUGCGUGGCCUCUAGUGGACUCUCUCCAGCCAUUCCUUGUCUUUCUUCGACUGGGGAGAGCAGAAAUGGAUGUAGGACUCCAGAUGAGCCUCCCUGGGGCAGCGCAGAGGAGAACCUCCCUUGCCCUGCCCUGGGUAAGAGCUGAUUUCUUUAAUUGCCUCUACUAGUUUAUUUUAAAAUGCCUUAAAGACUUACCUUGAAAAGGAACUGCUGCAAACCUGAGGUUUUAGGCACUCUACCUGCUGCAAACCUGAGGUUUUAGGCACUCUACCCUCUGCUGUGCUGAUUGUGGGAAGGUGUGGUUGGACAGGGAUGGAAGCAGCUCUCACUUUUUGCUCUGGGUCAGCUGGAGGUGGGGGAAGAAGAGAUCAUCCCGAACUGUGUCUGAAUGCUAAGAGUUCACCCAGUGGUUAUUCCAGCAAGGGUCUUUUAGACCAGUCAGCCCCUAGACCCAUCUCCAGAGCGCUCCAGGGAAGAAAACUACGCAUGUGGCAUUUCCAGAGCAGAAGCUAUACGGGUGCCCUGAGCCUCCUCGCUGCAUGCCUAGCAUGCAAAUGCAUGUGGACUCUCAGCUGUAAAUAACACACGCAGGAGAGCACGUGAUGCACCUGCUGCUUCUCGGGCGAUGACUGCAAAGAGACCACAAGCCGAGAGCCACCAUCACUAGGUCUUAGGGGGAUGAUAGCCUUUUUUUUUUUCUUUUUCUGGUCUUUCUUUUUCUCCUUUCCUUCUCUCCCCGUCUACUUCAGUUCUCAGCAAAUACAGGGUAUGUAGUUCAUGGUUUACAGAUCUCCCUGCAGAGCGACUGUGGUUGGUGCAGAAGCCUUGUCCAAGGCAUUGUUGGCGUCUGGAAUUCUGCUGAGUUUGAAGGAAAGUCAAUAUUUGAUUUGAUAACCUUGUCUAGGUUGCCCUCCGUUGUAGUGACUGGAUCUGACCAAAGGGAUCUGAACAGGCUGGGCUGCUGGGCUGAGACCAGUGGCAUGAGGUUUAACAAGGCCAAAUGCCGGGUCCUGCACUUGGGGCACAAUAGCCCUGUGCAGCUACAGACUAGGAGAAAUACGGCUAGAAAGCUGCCUGGAGGAGAAGGAACUGGGGAUGUUGGUUGACAGCGACUGAACAUGAGCCAGCAGUGUGCCCAGGUGGCCAAGAGGGCCAAUGGCAUCUUGGCUUGGAUCAGAAAUGGUGUGGCCAGCAGGAGCAGGGAGAUGAUUCUUCUGCCCCUGGACUCGGCACUGGUAAUGCCACACCUUGAAUCCUAUGUUCAGUUCUGGCCACUUGCUACAAGAAGGAUGUUGAGGCUCUGGAGCGUGUCCAGAGAAGAGCAAUGAAGCUGGUGAAGGGGCUGGAGAACAAGUCUUACGAGGAGCGGCUGAGAGAGCUGGGGCUGUUUAGCUUGGAGAAGAGGAGGCUGAGGGGAGACCUUAUUGCUCUCUACAACUACCUGAAAGGAGGUUAUAGAGAGGAGAGUGCUGAGCUCUUCUCCAAGUGACAGGUGAUAGGACAAGGGGGAAUGGCCUCUGACGUGUGGGAAUAAUUUUAGAACUCGGGAAAAGUUAUAAAGCAGGUAUGUUUAUUUGAUGCAUCAGAUGCAAGGGGGAUGGCUCCACCUAGCUUGCACACCAAGAAACGAGUCACCUAUUUAUUACACUAAAGCAUGCAUACUCAUUAAAUUUCCUGGAACAGGUGUGUUUAUUAUAAUCAUUCCCUGGAAUUUAUUUACACGUGUUCCCUCCCUUUGGCACAUGCGCUCUGCCCUCUGAGGGUCUUGGGCUGGGGGCUUCUGGAGAAAGUCUCACAGUCUUCUUCACAGUGAAUUUUUCAACUUUCCUUCUUGCGAAUGCUCUUAGACAGCUUGGGCAUCUCUUCAAGGUUAUAUCUGGUCCUAGCUGGUUCUUCUUCCUCUUAUUAUUGCAUUAGUCCUUGUUAUCUGGCUUAAUGAGAUACAGUCACAUUCUUUUCCAUUCU